AUGUACACAGGCGCGUGAGUAUCAGUAACUCUCCCAGAUUCGGUAUCUCUUUUUUCAGAGCUGGGCAAUUUGGAAAAGAGCGAGUAGUCUCAAUGUGGCGCGUGCUAUGACAGCGUCUUUACUUCUCCCCUCGCGCUGGAUCGAGCCGGUGAUGUUUCUCUACGACAGCGGUGCGGACGAAAUCAACAAAAACAUGGAAGGCUUCGCGGGAGGCAAUUUCGCCGCGAGUCAGUGCCGAAACCUGAUGGCGCACGCACCGUCCCUGGCCCCGAGCAGCACCUACGCCUCCGACGUGCCCCCGUCUGGCAUGAGCGAACCUGGAAAACAAUGCAGCCCCUGUUCCGCGGCUCAGAGCUCCUCAAACGCCUCUCUACCAUACGGUUACUUUGGCAGCGGCUACUACCCGUGCCGCAUGUCCCACCACAGCGGCGUAAAGCCCUGCUCGCAGCCCGCAUACGCGGACAAGUACAUGGACACGUCCGUGUCUGGCGAGGACUUUCCGUCCAGACCAAAGGAGUUUGCCUUCUACCAGGGCUACUCGCCCGGUCCGUAUCAGCCGGUACCGAGCUACCUGGACAUGCCCGUGGUGCCCGCGUUGAGUGGCUCUACCGAACCUCGCCACGAGCCACUGCUGCCCGUGGACAGCUACCAGCCGUGGGCGAUCAGUAACGGCUGGAAUAGCCAGGUGUAUUGCGGGAAGGACCAAGCACAGUCGAACCACCUAUGGAAGUCGGCCAUUCAAGAUGCGGGACCUGGCGGGGAUGGGAACAUACGCAGGGGCAGGAAGAAGCGCGUGCCCUACACCAAGGUGCAACUGCGGGAGCUCGAGCGUGAGUACGCCACAAACAAGUUCAUCACGAAGGACAAGCGACGGAGGAUAUCGGCGCAGACCAACCUGACGGAGCGCCAGGUCACCAUCUGGUUCCAGAACCGGCGAGUCAAGGAGAAGAAGGUGGUCAACAAGUUCAAGAGCAGCAGCUAA